UACGAAAGCGCACCCAAACCUUCCCCGAAGUGUCCAAUCGAAAUCGAAGCCAGAGAGACGGCGGAGAAGGGGGGUGGCGGCGGGGGGUCCACGCGUCAGAGACAUAGCGGCGAUGGCUGCAUCUUCCUGCUCCGGCGGCGACGGCGCCGACCCGAUGGCGCUCGUGCAGGGGUACAACGCCGAGGAGCUCGCCAUCGCCGGGGAGUUCUUGACCACGUGGCUCCCCUUCCUCUCCGCCGGCCUCUGCCCCUCAUGCGUCUCGUCCCUCCGCACCCGCGUCGACUCUCUGCUCCCGCGAGCCGAGGAAUCGCCGCCGCCGCCACUGCGGAUCGAUCAGAUUGAGCCGUCGGGGUGGGAUUCGGAUCCGGCGCCCCAGCAGCAUCUGCCGUUCGAGCCGAGCGGCUGGGACUCGGAUCCGCCGCCCCCGCCCCCGCCGCCGCCGCAGCAGCAGCAGCUGGCGGCGGAGAAACCGAGGAUGUCGUGGGCGGACAUGGCGCAGGAGGACGAGCUCGCCGCGGCGGCGGAGGAGGACUCGGCGGCCGUGGCAGCCGAUGACGGGGAGGAGGGGAGCGAGGCGGGGAGGCCAAAGGUGCAGUUAUCCAGGGAGCAGCGGGAGCAGAGGCGGUUCCGGAACGUGGUGCGGAAGAAGGAUUUAAUAUGCCUCGAGAGAGUCAAUGGCCGGCUUGUAAACAUCCUUGCAGGUCUCGAGCUUCAUGCGGGUGUAUUCAGCUCGGCUGAGCAGCGAUGCAUUGUUGAAUGCGUGUACGACCUCCAGGAGAGGGGCAAGCGUGGGGAGCUCGGAGAUCGUACAUAUUCAGAACCCCAAAAAUGGAUGCGUGGUAAAGGCCGAGUAACAAUCCAAUUUGGAUGCUGUUAUAAUUAUGCUACGGAUAAGAAUGGAAAUCCACCAGGCAUUAUGCGAACCGUUGUUUCUGAUCCGAUGCCUGACCUCUUUAAGGUUAUGGUUAAGAGAUUGGUACGGUGGAAUGUUCUUCCUACGACUUGUGUACCGGACAGCUGCAUUGUAAAUAUAUAUGAACCUGGAGAUUGCAUCCCACCACAUAUAGAUAGUCAUGAUUUUGUUCGGCCAUUUUGUACCGCUUCUUUCCUCAGUGAAUGCAACAUUCUUUUUGGAUCUACUCUGAAAAUAGCUGGCCCUGGAGAAUUCACCGGUUCAACUGCGAUUCCCCUCCCUGUCGGGUCCGUGCUUGUCCUGAAUGGCAAUGGUGCUGAUGUAGCAAAGCAUUGUGUUCCAGCAGUCCCGACCAAAAGGAUAUCCAUUACCUUCAGAAGAAUGGACCCAGCAAAGCGUCCAUUCAGUUUUAAAGAUGAUCCGGAACUGCUUAACAUUACACCUCUAGGGACGGCUGUACAAGAAGCUGGCAGAUCUUCGGACGAAGGCAAGAGCAAGCUACCUGAUGCGCAGAUUAGAAAUCUGAGCAAAAUAUCCAGAGGCAAGAGAUCUAAAGGACGGACAUCUGCUGGAAAGACUGGAUGGGACAUUCUGGGAGACCAACCACCUGGGUAUGCAAAUUCCCCUGCAGUAGAUGUGUUGUCACAACAAAGCUUGCGUGGCCAGCGCACCGUCUCUGCUGCAAGUGCUGAGAGAGAAAGGAACUCUGCUGGGAGGUCAAGAGAAUCAAGAUAUCAAACAAAUGCGCCUGGUAUGCAAUCUCAGGUGGAAGAUAUCAGAGAGUGGCCAAGUCGGUUGGCACAAGAGAGGAGGCAUGGUAAUGGCAUGAGCUUCAGUGAAGAUGGUGUGGAAUCCGGGGAAAGGAGACCGCGAAUGGAGCACAGGCAGAUAUCGAUGAUAAACCGAACGAUAAAUGAUGAGAUGGAUUCCCUUUCAAUCUCAAACCGUGAAUCAGCCGAGCAGCCCCGUGCUAUUGUGCGAACCAUAUAUAACAAGCCAAGGACUAGAGUAAGCCUGGAUGAUUGAGCCGCACUCAUGCUUGUGAACCCUUUGUUGGAAGAGAGUUGAUAUCUGAAAGGAUACUUCGACUGUAUAUUUUGUUAGGUGUUAUCAGAGCACCAAAAGAUAGCGUAGACCUCGUAGAAGACAUGUAUUGAGUAACUUAGACAUAAAUUUAUUGCAAGAUAAUCAGGCGCCUGCCCUGUAGAUAAGAGUUGCUUCCGGAUAUUGUAAUUGUGACCGAUGCAUUGGUGAUUGAUGUCUAGUACUCAAUAAUUUGGCUCCAUAAUUGAUGUUCUAAUCUUUGAUGCA